UUCUUCUUUCCUUUGAUAUUUCUUAGAAGCGCAUUCAUUUCAAUACCCCCCUUUGCUUUUAAUUAAUUCCAUACACACCCUUUUCCUUUCUAUUGAAUUCAUUCAUCUCAUCAUCUCACUCUACAAUACAAUAUGCUUUUUGCAGUCACUCCCCAUUUCAGUAAAAUCUCGUUCCAAAUGCAAUGCUUCUUCUUCCACUCUUAGGUCCCCUCCUCUAGCUACCCUCCCUAUAUCUACCAUCUAUACACCAAAGCAAGACUUUCUUCACAAUCUAAGCUAAAUUAUAUUCAACCAUCAACGACCCACCCCUUCUCCAUCUUUUAAUCAUCAACUGUAUCUGCAUAGCUUUUUUAUAUAUGCUAAUUAAGUGGCCGGUGUUUCAUUUCCAGUCAUCAAACAAAACCCAACUUCUUCUCAUCAUCACGAUCUUCAAACUUGUUAAUUUAAUUUGCUGAUAGAUGAUGGAUACCACAAACCUGCAGCAGAAUAAUAAUGCUACUGUCUUCACUGCUGCUACUUGGACAGAAGUUGAUCAUAAUCACAUCAUUCACCAAAUCCCUAACAUCAUGGCUUCUGGGGUUUUCCCAAACUACCAUCACCUUCUUCAAAUUCAUCAUCAUCCAUCAACAACCACUACUGCACUGCCCUCUUCUUCUUCAUCGGGGUUCCUUGGUGACAUACUUGGAGUAGUGCACCUAGAACACCAAGAGCAAGAACAAGAUCAUGAUCACGAUCAUGAAGAUGAAGAGGCAGAAGAGGAGCUUGGAGCCAUGAAGGAGAUGAUGUACAAGAUCGCAGCUAUGCAGCCCGUGGACAUCGAUCCCGCCACCAUUAGGAAGCCAAAGAGGCGAAACGUUCGCAUCAGCGACGACCCUCAGAGCGUGGCGGCGCGCCACCGCAGGGAGAGGAUCAGCGAGAAGAUUCGGAUCCUGCAGAGGCUUGUUCCCGGUGGAACAAAGAUGGACACAGCUUCCAUGCUGGAUGAAGCAAUUCGAUAUGUUAAGUUCUUGAAGAGACAAAUCAGGUUGCUUCAAUCCACUACUCCUCAUCAACCGCCACAAUGCAAUUAUGUUGGUCUUCCUAAUAAUUCUAACAGUGCCUUCUCUUUAGGCCCUUCUACUUCUGAUUGGCCUUUUGCACCCACCACCACGCCCUCCGCCGUGCCUGCCUCAUUCGGAUUCAAUGCCGGAGGAGGUCAUCAUGCCCCCUCCAGCUUUAAUCAUCAUGAGGUAAUUAAUGAAUGAUUAGUAUUUCAUUAAUUAGGGUUAUUUCUAAAACAUGUGCAUCUAUUAAUUUAUUGUCCGUAGGCCACAACUAUUGUUCGUCU